AUGCGAGCGACACCUCUCUCUGUGAGGGAAGCAAGACUGACGCGGUAUACUCACAGCGUCGACUACGUGGUGCAUUAUGAGAUCCCGCCCAACAACAGAGCCGAGGCCGAGGCCGCCUUUGUCCAGCUGAUCGAGAACCUGGCCAACGCCGGCUUUGCCACGGAAGUGCGCCACGGCGACAAGACGUCCCUGCUCGUCUUCCUCAAGAUCGCGUCCGACAAGCUGCUCCACCAGCAGGUCUACCGGUACCGCCUGCAGGACUGGUUGUACGGCGUGCGGAACUCGGCCCCCAACAAGGACCUCUCGCAGUACUUCCACGACGAGCCCAUCUCCGACGCCGAGAGGCUGCGGCUGGCCUACCUGCUCAUCACCAAGCCCAAGAACGAGGGCGGGGCCGGGAUCACGCCCAGGAACGGCCAGUGGCGAUACGUCAAGUCCGUCUUCCCCCUGCACGACCACAAGUUCAACCGCACCUGGCUCAAGCAGUGGAGCACAAAGUACCUCCUCGACGCGAGCGACAUCAACGACAUCCGCGACCGCUUCGGCGAGAAGGUGGCCUUCUACUUUGCCUUCCUCCAGUCCUACUUCCAGUUCCUGGUCUUCCCCGCCGCCUUCGGCCUGGGCGCCUGGCUCCUCCUCGGCCAGUUCUCCUGGGUCUACGGCAUCACCAACUGCCUGUGGACCGUCGUCUUCUUCGAGUACUGGAAGCGGAAGGAGGUCGACCUGGCCGUGCAGUGGGGCGUGCGCGGCGUCUCCAAGAUCCAGCUGCCGCGCUCCGAGUUCCAGUUCGAGCGCGAGGCCCAGGAUCCCGUUACCGGCGAGAUCGUCCGGCUGUACUCGCCGUUCAAGCGACUCCAGAAGCAGCUGUUGCAGAUCCCCUUCGCUAUUGCCUGCCUCGUCCUCCUUGGGAGCCUGAUUGCUAGCUGCUUCAGCAUCGAGAUCUUCUUGGCCGAGGUCUACGAUGGGCCCUUCAAGCAGUACCUGGUCUUCCUUCCCACCGUCCUCCUGACCGUCUUCAUGCCCGUCCUCACUACCAUUCUCACCAGUCUGGCAGAGACCUUGACACACCUCGAGAACUACGAAACACAAGAUGCCCACCAGGCGUCAUUCGUGCAAAAGAUCUUUGUUCUCAACUUCAUCACCUCGUACCUGCCCAUCUUCCUGACUGCCUUUGUCUACGUCCCAUUCGGAAAAGUCCUCGUCCCCUACCUGGACAUCUUCAGAGUCACGGCGCAGAGGUUUGUCAAGGGUACCAAGAUCGAGACCGAGGAUUUCGAAAUCGACCCCCACAGGCUUACCCAGCAGAUGAUCUACUUGACGGUCACCGCGCAGAUUGUCAACUUCUUGCUGGAGCUCGUCUUGCCGUACGUCAAGCGCAAAGUCUUCAAGGCCGUUAAGGACGUUCAAGAAGACACGAAUGGCAACGCCGCCCACGCCAAAGACCACCCCGAAGAGGCGGCGUUCCUGGAGAGGGUUCGAAAUGAGGCCGAGCUUGAUGUCUACGACGUUACUAUUGACUACCGGGAGAUGGUUGUGCAGUUUGGCUACCUGUCUCUCUUCUCCGUCAUUUGGCCCCUCGCUGGCUGCUCCUUCCUGAUCAACAACUGGGUCGAGGCUCGGGGAGAUGCCAUGAAGAUUGCCAUCUCCAGCCAGCGCCCGGUGCCGUGGCGCGGGGACUCGAUCGGGCCCUGGCUCAACUCGCUCGGCUUCCUCUCGUGGCUCGGCAGCAUCACGACCUCGGCCCUCGUCUUCCUCUUCCGCAAGGACCCCUACGGGCCCGACGGCUUCCCCUGGAACGUGAGGGUGUGGGCGCUGCUGCUCAGCAUCCUGUUCGCCGAGCACCUGUACCUCGUCGUGCAGAUCGUGGUGCGCAGCGCGAUCGACAAGAUGGACAGCCCCGGCCUGCAGAAGGAGCGGGCGCAGCGGUUCGCGCUGCGCAAGCAGCUGCUGGCGGAGACGCUGGGCGAGGCCGAGUCGGAAAAGGCGAGCGGGCCGUCGGUGGUGAGCGGGGCCGAGAAGAUCACGCGCGAGGUGCUCGAGGAGGAGGCGCGGCAGGCGUCGAUCAAGGGCCACGGGGCGCCCGAGGAGCUGUAA